GUUCUGGUUACUUAGAUAUUAAGGUCACAAGUAAACCCCGAUUAAUAUGACUUGGUCCUUAUGGUACUUUCAAAGGAAUAGGGAGCGAUUCAAACAUUUGUUAAAUAAGCUGAUACGAAACUCUGUCUCAAGUGGUCAGUGCAUCGUUAUUCCAACGUGUUUUCACGAGCAUGCAUUGAGGAGUUUACUGCUGGAGGGCUUAAGCCACAGAUGCUUUUCCAUAGUUAGAUUCGACGUGUGUAAUGCAAUCCACGUUGAGGACAAUCAGUUCACAGUGUUUUUUAAGGAUACGACAGGGCGAAUCAUAAUGCUUCCCAAGCUAUUGCCUAAUUUUUGUAAGGAUAGUGAGGUUGUGAAAUUGGGAGAAUCACCCUCAGGCGUUUGUCAUUUGUACAAUAACAAACGCAACUCAACAAACUUCACCAUGAUUUUUUUAAAAAGCAUAGAUCAGGAAAAUAGAUACUAUCACAGUUAUCUUGAAAAUUUCGUUUUUCAGGAAACUGUUCAGUGUUAUGAACGUGGCAAACUUUUAGCCGAUAUUAGAAUGAUUUACAAAAAUUUUAUUGAAUCUCUACCAAUCAAAUUCUCGAGUUUAUUCACUGAAUUAUUCUGUCAAGAAAUACUAUGUCAAAAAACUUUACAACUGAAUGAACAACAUGUCAAUGAAACUAUGAAUAUUUUUCAUAAGAUUAAAGCGAUGUGUGAAACGAACAAAACAUAUAAAAUGGAAGAAAAAGGCAUUGCAAUUAAGGUUUACAGUCAAAUAUCGAAUGUUCCAAAGUCAAAUAUAUCAAAUUUAGCUGUUAUAUGUUUUAAAUUACAACAGACUGUUGAAAUAUGGGGGUUUAUUGGUGCUUGGUUAAUAGAAUUAUUAAAACUAUAUGAUACAACAAUUUUGAAUCGAAUUGACAAGAUCAUAUGGAAUGAUUGGUAUAUACAUUUUGAAUCUGUAGAAAAAGAUCUUUAUAUUCAUGAUCAAGAAUGUAAACUACAUUUACAAAAACUAGAUUCUAUGUUAAAGAGUCUAGAUACAUACUUUAAACAUGACAGACUGAUGAAUACACAGAACUGUUUAAAUGAUCUAUUAGACUUACUGUCAAAUUUAUUAGAAGUCAGCAAUGAGUGUCUAGAUUUAUUCAAUGGAGAGCGUGUAUUAAAUAUUGAAGAAAAACUUGUAACAAUUGACCAUAUCCAAAAUUACUGGUUUGAAAUGUUUUAUCAGUCGUCUCAUUGUGAUGAAUUAAUGCUUGAAGACUCUACAAAUUAUGAAAAAGAAAUAACUAUACAAUUACAAAAAGAGCUUACAAAUAUGAUCGCUAGUCGUCGAAUUCAAUUACAUGGUGAGAAUGGAAUUGUACAACUUUUAACUAAAGUUAUUAGAAAUAUUGAAGAUUUUAUUCGAUUUAUUCAAUUCAAUACUGAAAACUAUGUAAAUAAUAAAAAUUCAAAAACCUAUUCACCUUUAGGAUUAAAUAAUCAAAGUAAAAUUACUACGGACGAAUUAGAAUUACACUGUAAAAAUCUUUGCCAACAAUAUGAUUAUUGGAUGGAAACUAUUAAAAAUAUACUUCAUUGUAAAUGGCAAAUAUAUGACAAUGAAUUACCAUCAAAACAAAUUAGUAGACCUCAUUCAAUCGAUGAAACAUGUACAGUUGCAUUUGAUGAAUGGAAUCAAAUUAAUGAUAAUAAAAGGGGAAGUUUAUUUAAAUGUCAACAAAAUCUAAUUAAAUGGUUGGAAUUAAUCAAGAACAGGGUGAAUAGUAUUAGUGAAAUGAGAAAUGAACAAAUACUAUUGGAACAAAUUAAUAUAAUACAACAAUUGAAUAAACAAAUUACAAAUAACAAUACCAAUGAUGUAAAUGGUCAGCGAAAUUCACCUUUUGGAAAUAAUUCAAGUAUACAGAAUGAUCAAUUAAAUAAACAAAAUCCUAAAUUGAAAAAGAAUAGUUUCUAUGAAUUGACAAAAUCAUUGUUUAAAUUAGGUUCACGAGUGAUUAAACAUUUAGAUCAAAAAAAUAUCUGGAUUUCUUAUGAUCACAAAACAAUGUUAUCCAGACUGAAUUCUUUCAAAUUAUAUGCGGAGAGAUGGAUUGAAUACUUGAAUAAAAUAGAAAAUUUUAACGAUACACAAACAUUUAAAAAUGUGAAGGAUUAUUUAAAUGUUCAUUCAGGAUCUAGAAAAUUUAUAGGCGUAUACAACCAGAGUAUUAUACGAUAUUUACAAUCAACCGAUGGAACUAUAAGAGAACAUUUAUUAGCUAAUACAAUUGAUGGUCAAUCAGUUCAAAAUAAUGAUGAUACAGAAUUCAUGGUUCAAUUAUCAAAUCAUUAUUUAAUGAAUACAAAAUUGGCAUAUUUAACUUUAUUAAAACAAAAUGAAUUAACUGAAUUACUUAAUAAAACUGAAAUGACAACAAUGGAAUUUGAUAAAGAAACAACAAUUGUAGAACAACAAUGGAUACAUUUGUGUAACACUAUUGAAUCUUUACAAUAUCAAUUUGAUAUGAAACAAAAUGAAUUAAAAAGAUUAAAAGAUAUAUUACAGAUAAAAAUGGAAGUAUUAAGUGAAUAAGAAGAAGUUAUUCUUGAAUGAUUAAACAGUUGAUUACGAUUAUAUGAUAAUAGUGAACAUACUACUUAA